AGCUUGUAUCUCCUGUGGGAGCUGCUCCUCCAUGUUCACAUGCGCCCACAUUGCCCGGUGGACAGGUUCGGUGACGGCUACGUGGUCACCAUGAAGAUCAGGCCCGGCAGUGCUGGGGUGAGCCCGGACCUCCGGCCGGCUGAAGCCUUCAUGGAGAGCAGCUUCCCGGGCUGCGUGCAGAGAGAGAAGCACCACAGCACGCUGCAGUACGAGGUCCCCGUCUGCUCGCUGGCCCGCAUCUUCCAGCUGGUGCUGACCAACAAGGAGAAGCUCAACAUCGAGGACUACUCAGUCUCCCAGACGACGCUUGACCAGGUUUUUGUAAACUUCGCCAAACAGCAGCAGUUGGGAGAGGAGGAUAACCUGGUGUUACACCCACGGGCAGCCGGGGGGCGCCGAGGGACAAAGAUCACACCGUUCAAAGGAAAGACAUCCUGAAGGGGAAGAAUAGUUAGGAAUAAUGACUAAAUGUUAUCAGAGGUAUAGGACCCCUGCAGAGAUGGGAAAGGCCCUCAGCGAGGAAACAUCUGUAACGAAAAACUACGUUUAUUAUUUAUUUUA